AUGGCAGUACCAGCAGCAGCAGCAGCAGUAGCAGCAGCACCAUCAUCCUCAGACGCAAGAGGAAGUGUGCCUCCCGGCCCCGCGGCUUUUGGUACGAAGCGCCUGUUCAACCUGCUGGAGGAUGAGUCAAAGGAGCGUGUCCUUCGGAUGCUGACUUCCUUUCGCACAUUGACUCCGCUGGAGCAGGCGGCUGCCGCCCAGGAGCUCGGCGUAACUCUGCCAAAAGAAGAAAAACAGGGCGCACUGGUAAGCCGUUCCCUCACCGGUCCGGCACUGGACGUGAGGAGCCGCGACCGCAGCUACGUUGCACUGGCCGACCCGCAAACGCGAAACGUGCCGCGUUCGUUGUGCGCACCGUCCCCAGCGGAGGCGGAACUGGCGGUGCUGGCGAAGCCGCUGCUGACGGGGACGCCGCUGCUGGGUGUGCCGGCGGAGGGGUCCGCUGAAGGUACCGCGUCGGUGCCGCAGAAGGGAAACUGCCGGUUCCGGGCGGAGGUCUGCGACGACAGCUCGGAUACCCAUUCACAGCAGUUAUCUGCCGCGGAAGGUGCGGAUGCCGAUGAAGUCGCACCGCCGCCUCAGGAAAAGGAGAAGGAAGCGCAGCAGCUUCCUCUGCUGUUCCGCAGCCGCGGCUACCAGGCGCUUCGCCUGGCGCGUGACGACGAGCCCAACAUUAUGCCUGAGAAGGCGUACACAACCCCCUCAGUGCUGAACCUUACCGGCAUGCCGAUUGAGGAAUCUGACUUGUGGACGUGGUUUGAGACAUUGGACGCUGCAGGCACUGGCGUGAUUGGCGUGGAGCCGCUCAUGUCGGCUAUCAAGGACCUCGACCGUGGGUUUGGGGUGAGCCAGACGGCGGAGGCCGAGUUCCGGGACGAAGUGGAGGCCCUUGCGACAGACGGGCAGUUGACAUUUGAGAAGUUUGCGUUUGUGGUAUCUCGCUUCCCCCGACAGUGA